GGUUACUUCUUUUUGAACUUAGAGUGCAGAAUGGAUGAUUAAUUGUGUUUUUUCUAGUAAUUAUAAUGCAUCCCUUUAUAGAAAGGGAAUCAUUUUUUCUAACUCAUGAUCAGGAAUGGAUAUACGUACGGACGAUAGCGACAGUGAUGUUGAAAUAUUAGAACCAGAAGUAUUAAGAAAUCGCUACCGUCACCAGGAACUAAGACUGAUUACAGCACUGUCUAAGUAUGUUGAAAACCAAAUACCCAAAAAAUGGGAAGAUUUUCAGAUUUUUGUUAAGGAUGUGUUGAAAUUCUAUGUGAGUCCGCAUUUAGUCCGAUCUGUCUGGGUGCAACUUUAUGCUUGUUAUCAACUGGCACACAACAGUGCUAAUUCUUCUUCUUAUGUUGAAAUCACAGAUGAAGAAAGUGAAGAGGUUUUGAAACACAGCAACAAAAAUGAGUUAAUAAUUAAUGUCAGAGAAAUAUAUCAUGAAGGGUCAAAACAUGGCUGUAAUUCCCAUCAGGGAAAGAAAUUCAGUAUUCAAACGUCAUCUGAUUAUGUGGAUAUCACUGAUGAAGUAGAGGAUGAACGGAUUUCAAAACAGCCCAACAAACACUUUAUUAAUAAUGGACAUGUCAUUCAUGGAGAAUUAAAACCUGACUCUAAACGGGACAAAUCCAGUAAUAAACAUUCGUCUGAUUAUGUUGAAAUUAUUGAUGUAGAAGAAAGUAAAUCGGUUGUAAAACAGCAAAAUGAGUACAUUAUUAAUCUCCGAGAACUAUUUCAUGAAGGAUCUAAACCUGCCCAUGAGGAGGAGAAAUCCAUAAUACAACCAUCAUCUGAUUUUGUGGAUAUCACUGAUAAAGAAGAAGAAAGUAAAUUGGCUGUAAAACAGCAAAAUGAACACUUAAUUAAUAUCAGAGGUGUAUUUCAUGAAGAAUUAAAACCUGACUUUAAACGGGAGAAAUCCAGUAAUAAAAAUUCAUCUGAUUUUGUUGAAAUCAUUGAUGAAGAAAAAAGUAAAUUGGGUGCAAAACAGCACUUAAUUAAUGUCAGAGGAUUAUUUCAUGAAGGAUCAAAAUCUGGCAGUAGUAGGAAGAAAUCCAGUAUUCACUUGUCGUCUGAUCUGAAUACCACUGAUGAAGAAAAGAGUAAACAGAUUUUGAAACAGUCCAAGAAACACUUAAUCAAUAAUGGAAAUGUCAUCCAUGGAAAAUUAAAACCCGACUUUAAACGGGACAAAUCCAGUAAUAAACAUUCAUCUGAUCAUGUUGAAAUUAUUGAUAUAGAAGAAAGUAAAUUGGUUUUAAAACAGAAAAAUGAGCACAUUAUUAAUCUCCGAGAAGUAUUUCAUGAAGGAUCAAAAUCUGGCAAUAGUAGGAAGAAAUCCAGUAUUCAUCCGUCAUCUGAUUUUGUGGAUAUAACUGAUAAAGAAGAAAGUAAAUUGGUUAUAAAACAGCAAAAUGAGCAUUUUAUUAAUAUUAGAGGUGUAUUUCAUGAAGAAUUAAAACCUGACCUUAUACGGGAUAAAUCCAGUUAUACAAAUUCAUCUGAUUGUGUUGAAAUCAUUGAUGAAGAAAAAAGUAGAUUGGCUACUAAACAACAAAAUGAGCUCACUAUUAAUCUCCGAGAAGUAUUUCUUGAAGGAUCUAAACCUGGCAAUAAGGAGGAGAAAUCCAUUAUUCAACCAUCAUCUGAUUUUGUGGAUAUCACUGAUAAUGAAGAAAGUAAAUUGGUUGUAAAACAGCAAAAUGAGCACUUUACUAAUAUCAGAGGAGUAUUUCAUGAAGGAUCAAAACCUAGCAAUAAGGGGAAGAAAUCAAGUAUUCGGCCAUUAUCUGAUUAUGUGGAUAUCACUGAUGAUGAAGAAGGUAAACAAACUUCGAAACAGCUCAACGAAUACUCUAUUAAUAGUAGAAACGUCAUCCAUGAUGAAUUAAAAUCUGGCAUUAAGAGGGAAAAAUCCAUGAAUGAAGAGUUGUCUAAUUGUGUUGAAAUCAGCGAUGAAGAAGAUAUUACAAUUGUAGAGGGUAUUCAUGAAAAAUUAGAAUAUGACAUUAACAGAAAGAAAUCCAGCAAUUUUAUGCCAUCUGAUUGUAUUGAAAUUAGUGAUGAAGAAGGUAAAUUUGUCCUGAAACAGAAUCAGCAAUUUAGUAAUAUCAAAGGAGUCCUCCAUGGAGAAUUAAAAUCUGACAUUAAUGGAGAAAAAUCUAGUAAUAAACAGCUGUCCAACUAUAUUGAAUUAAACAAUGAAGAGAAUAAAACUGAGGAUCAUACGACACCUAACUAUUUUUACAAAAAAAAUGAUAUCCCAAAGCAAGUACUCAGACAAAGAUUCUCAACACCAAAUGGGCGUAAACGAAAUCGUAAUGGAUUAAGGCGGAGUUUACCUAAUUUGUUAAAGGAAGCAGAAGCUGAGGCGCUCCGAGAGAAACUGUUACUUGACAAAAUCAUAGAACUUGAACUUCCACAGGUUAUGAAGAGUUUUAUGAAAAGAAAUAAUAUAGUAAAAAAUUGUGCUAAAAAGAGAAGAAAGACCUCUGUUGGUAAUACAGAAUCAAUUAAUGUAAUAUCACCUGAUUGUAAAUCUUCUUCUGAAAUAGCUUGAUUCUUUUUCUUUUUUUUUUAUUUAUUUAUUUGGAGAUGAUUUUAUUAUUUUAAACGAAUUAAAUGUAUAGCAUACUUUAUCGAAUGAGAAAUUUAAUGUUGUAUUAUUUUUAUGUAAUUUAUUUAUAUUUGUAUAAAGUAGGUAUAAUAUUUAAUACAAACAAUUUACUUUAGUGUACUGUAUGAUUUUCUGUGAUACUAUGAAUAACAUUUUCAUUAAAUAAAUGCAUGUAUUCAAGUAUGUAUGUACCAUACCUAAACAAAUAAAUUGAACUGUAAUAUAAACUAUAUAUUUAUUUAUUAAAAAAAUAAAUAAAAAGCAUUUUUUA